CAUCUCAAUAGACAAAUCUCCAAUAAAAAAAUAAAAACCCGGUGAGUUGAAAAUAGAAACUCAGUCGACUGAGAAAAACGAAAAAAACAAUUUAAGUGAUGGACGCGCAAGUGACAAGCCGGGGGAGGCCAAUUGGAGCGAGAUAAGGUGUCACUUCACUCGUGUCGUUCCUACCUCUAAUCUGCUCUGUCAAUCUCCUGAGUGGCUCUUAACUCCCUCCCUGCUUCUUACUCUUUCCUCUUCUUCCCUUCUCAGACUUUGAAACUGGAGAAGGCAAUUUUCUUUCUCCCGUUAAACCCUAAGCAAUGACUACAUCUCUCCAAGCUUCGCUUCUCUGCAAUCCUUCACCUUUGCCUUCUCUUCCGCUUCGUAAACCACGCUUUCACCGUUCUUCUUCCCUCUCUUUCAAUCUUUCUUCUCUUCCCAAACUGUCUCGGCCCUCCCGAUUUUAUCCCCGUCCUUUUUCAGUCCCUUGCACAUUGCAUCCCGACAACCUCAACUCCGACUUCAAAUUCGAUACUCAUGUUGAAGAUUCCAAAGCUUUAGUUUCGGAUUUUGAAGGCCUCGCCACCAUCGAUGGGUUUGAGAAUGUGAGCGAGGGAAUUGAAGUGAAUAACAUCGACGGGGAAACUGAGAAUGUGGUGGAGAGCCAAGGGCAGAAUGAUAAAUUGUUGGGAAAAGAUGGGCCCAGAAGCAAAAUUCCUGCCAUGGUGUUUUUGAUGGGAGUUUGGGCCAUGAUUAAGAACGGAAUGGACAAAUUAGUGGCUAUGGAUUGGUUCAGUUGGUGGCCCUUUUGGCGUCAGGAGAAACGGCUUGACCGCCUCAUUUCCGAAGCCGACGCCAAUCCCAAAGACGCCGCUAAACAAAGCGCUUUGCUAGCUGAACUUAAUAAGCACAGUCCUGAGUCUGUGAUUAAGCGAUUUGAACAAAGGGAUCAAGCGGUAGACAGUAGAGGAGUUGCCGAAUAUCUUCGAGCUCUGGUAGUCACUAAUGCCAUUGCUGAAUACCUUCCGGAUGAACAGGCUGGAAAGCCUUCUAGUCUUCCUACUUUGUUGCAAGAAUUGAAGCAGCGUGCAUCAGGGACCAUCGAUCAGCCCUUUUUAAGCCCUGGAAUUUCUGAGAAGCAGCCGUUGCAUGUUGUGAUGGUUGGUCCUAAAGGUUCAAACAAAUCACGAUUUGCACAAGAGCUAAUUUCAACUAUCUUGUUCACUAUUGCUGUCGGAUUGGUUUGGAUAAUGGGUGCUUCUGCGCUGCAGAAGUAUGUAGGAAGCUUGGGUGGAAUAGGGACUUCAGGUGUUGGAUCAAGUUCCUCUUAUGCCCCCAAAGAAUUGAACAAAGAAGUGAUGCCAGAGAAGAAUGUCAAAACAUUUAAGGAUGUUAAAGGCUGUGAUGAUGCAAAACAAGAGCUUGAGGAAGUAGUGGAGUAUCUCAAAAACCCAUCAAAGUUCACCCGACUUGGGGGGAAAUUGCCAAAGGGUAUCCUUUUGACUGGAGCACCUGGAACUGGAAAAACUCUGCUGGCCAAGGCUAUUGCCGGGGAAGCAGGGGUACCUUUCUUCUAUAGGGCCGGAUCUGAAUUUGAGGAAAUGUUUGUUGGUGUUGGUGCUCGGCGUGUGAGAUCCCUUUUCCAAGCAGCCAAGAAAAAGGCCCCGUGCAUCAUUUUUAUUGAUGAAAUAGAUGCUGUUGGAUCCACACGAAAACAAUGGGAAGGCCAUACCAAAAAAACACUACAUCAGCUGCUUGUUGAAAUGGAUGGUUUUGAACAGAAUGAGGGAAUAAUUCUGAUGGCUGCAACAAAUCUGCCUGACAUUCUUGAUCCAGCGUUGACCAGACCUGGUAGAUUUGACAGGCAUAUUGUUGUCCCUAAUCCAGAUGUAAGAGGUCGUCAAGAGAUUUUGGAGCUCUAUCUACAAGAUAAACCUAUAUCUGGUGAUGUAGAUGUUAAAGCAAUCGCCCGUGGUACUCCCGGAUUCAAUGGAGCAGAUCUAGCAAACUUGGUGAAUAUUGCUGCAAUUAAAGCUGCAGUUGAAGGUGCAGAUAAGUUGACUGCUGCACAUUUGGAAUAUGCAAAAGACAGGAUACUCAUGGGUACUGAGCGUAAAACAAUGUAUUUAUCGGAAGAGUCAAAGAAGCUCACUGCUUAUCAUGAGAGUGGCCAUGCAAUUGUUGCUUUUAAUACUGAGGGUGCACAUCCAAUCCACAAGGCAACAAUCAUGCCCCGUGGAUCUGCAUUAGGAAUGGUUACCCAGCUGCCUUCAAGUGAUGACACUUCAAUUAGUAAGAAGCAAUUAUUAGCUUGUCUCGAUGUUUGUAUGGGAGGAAGAGUUGCAGAAGAGCUUAUCUUUGGUCAGGACCAUAUCACAACUGGGGCAAGUAGUGAUUUGCACACAGCUACAGAGAUUGCUCAAUAUAUGGUAUCGAAUUGUGGGAUGAGUGAUGCAAUUGGACCAGUUCAUAUUAAAGAGCGACCAAGUUCAGAAAUGCAGUCUCGCAUUGAUGCUGAAGUGGUGAAGCUUCUAAGAGAAGCAUAUUAUCGUGUGAAAGCCCUGUUAAAGAAGCAUGAGAAGGCAUUGCAUGCAUUAGCGAAUGCACUUUUGGAGUAUGAAACACUUGGUUUGGAAGAAAUAAAGCGCAUUCUUCUUCCAUAUCGAGAAGGAAGGUUGCCUGAGCAACAACAAGAACAGGAAGAAGGGGAGCUAGUAUUGGCUUAAACUACAACUCACAUCUGUAAUCUACUUUACUAGGGCAAGCUCUGUACAGUGUAUUUUAAUUACUACAGGUAAUUAUUUAUAUAAUUUUGUUGCAAUUUUUUUCCCCACCAUUUCUCGCAAGACUUGUUAUGGGAGCUCUGCUUGGACACGGAGGGACCUGGCAUCCAUUAGAGUGAGCUCCCGACCUGUGCUACCCUAAGUUGAGAAACAGCCAAGACCACCAUAGAUCCUGUAUUAUUUGUGAAAUCAUGUAUUAUUUGAACUUUUACCCCAUUACGGGUGAAAUUUUGAAGAAUUGUGUAACGCAAAGUGACAUCAUCCUUUAUCAACUUCUGAGACAGUUCAUAUUUAGUACCAGUUCUCAUUU